AUACUUGAGUUUGAUGCCUUCGCAUUGCGCAUAUUCUACUCUCAUUGUGUCACACUGCCCGUCCUUCAUUAGACGCGAGGACAAAGUCCCGGGUUUAGCCCUCUUUCGCAUGCUGUGUACAGGUUGCCCUUCUUCCUAUUGAUCCAUCGUACAUCCGAACCUCUGCCACAGUCGUCUUCAACAGAAUUGGGACAGCUGCUCCGAUGCGCUUAUUUCCUCCUCCAAAGCGUUGGCGGACCGAUCAAGACGAUAUUCCUGGCUCCCCGCUUGCACAAGAUAGCAGAAAGGAGGCAAAAACACGUCAGACAUGCAGCACGUCAGGUAGCGCAACGUCCGCAACAUCAGUGGCUUCCACAGUAGCUUCUGCAGGCUCUUUGGUUUCCACGGAGACAAUCCAGAAUGCAAACAAGCAACACACAUAUCUCGUUCCAAUCGACAGUGUCCGCCGUCAAGCUGUCGUCGGACAGCGUGACGACACUCUGCUUCGGCUGACGUGCAUGAACACUAGGAAAAACAAACGCCAGGAACAAAAGUUCAAGAAGAUUCCUUAUGGCCUGAUCGAAUGGGACAAUCCACGGCACAUCUCUAUGAUCAACGCAUGGCGCAGACAACUCUACGGCCGUGGGGCUAGUAAAAAGCUUAGAGAGACUCAGUGGUGGCUUCCAGAUGAAGAGCUUUGGCUCGAGAUGUAUUGCCACCUCUCCAUCGCUGAGACGAACAGGCGCGCCAUUGACCUCCCUGCAAAGAACGACGUGGGGGAAGAGUUCCUAAGGUUCUUCGAAGGUCGCAAGCUGGAAGACCAACAUGGUGGAGCAGUGAAACGCGAACGAAGAACUUUGAGCUCCGUCACAGGUAAGUUCGGUCGAUCGUUCCCGUACCUACGGGAGUGCCUGGCUCAGGCUGUUGUGGGUAUGUCUGGACAUGUGUUCACGCCAUCCAUUACCGGGGAGGAGAUCGAUAGGUUCAAGACAUUCAAGGCGGAGAUCUUAGAGAAGGGCAUCCGUACUGAGAUGGUGGGGUUUGUAAAUUCGCCGGAGUGGCGGGCGUUCUUCUUGUCGCAAUCUAGUGGGAACGAUGAUGUUGCUAGUAGAAGCAAAGAUGGUCAGGGCGAUACCAAUGGUAAGUCUGGGACGGUGGAAAAUGUUAAGACUCCUGACAGUAUGGCUUGAAAGUCGAACAAUGUCUGCGAGUCUGAUGGAUCGGGUUCAGAGUGAAUCGCAGGACCAGUGAUCAGUCAUGCUGUUGAGCUUUCGGUGAAGUGCAGACGUAGAUUUAAUUAGUUCAUUUGGUAGCGAUAGUAUGUCAUUUCCUGAAUGGCCAUGCCUAGGCAUACAGUGAAGAGUAUAAAGGAGUGAUCGGGAU